AUGGACGUACUUGCUAUGGAUGAUGUGCUCGCGUUGACGACCAAAAUCGCUGGCUACGGAGGAGCAAUUGCCAGCGUACUUACCAAUCAUGCCAUUAGCGCAAGAAAAAUCCCGAGGGGAUUCGAAGGUGCUAUCAAUAUUCUGAGUGCAACCGUCUCGACUCUCCAGCAAGUGUCAAGUCAUCUUUCGACCGAAGUCGCUGCUUCCCCAAGUCACGAAAAGCAGUGUUUGAGUCGCCAAGGUCUCGAAUACGUUCAGCUCAUUGCCACAGAAUGCGCUACUACUUUUGUCAAGAUUCCCUCAAUCAUGGCUGAUGCGUGUCUGGAUUCUAAGGAGCUUAAAGUAAAGCGCAAGUUGGAGAAGAAAUUGAUUGCCAAUGGAGAUGGUCCCAAACCAGACAAUGAUGCUUUACAGCUGAACAAGGCUGCCUUCACAGAGGUCAGUAAUUGGCGCUUGGCAGGAGAUCCUCUAGAAGAUGUCAUAGAAAGACUCCACGAAAUUCAACUAUAUCUCCUUCUUGUUCAUCAAGUGGUCUCACUGGGCCAACUAUCGUGGAUAGACUCUUCCAGCCAAGUCAACGUCAAAAGUAUAGUCGACUUUCAUGUGCGUGUUACACGCACAGCAAGUCUCAUCGGUAUCAGGUCACCAGACCACACAAAGAGAAGCAACUGCUCUAGUAGAGACUCCUCCAGUGACAGCCACAGCACAUCUACUUUUAGUGAUUGUGAUAGUGACACCGACAGCAACGAAUUCGAUUAUAAGCCAAAGAAUUACAAGAAAUCCUCACUGAAGUCUCCUUCAUCCCGGACCAUCCCAGGACGCCGUGGACCACCAGCUCCUCCACCCCUUCAACGUCCCAUUGCUCGAAACAUAGCUGCUCCACCGCCACCGCCACCGCCACCUCCUGGCUGGGUUGUUCUAGGAAAUCCAAAGCCGGCAGCACCUAGACCAUCUCCAAUAUCCAUGCAUAGUCCAAGUUCCGACACUGUCAAACCUCCGGCCUACUCUGAAGACCACGAGACGGGACACUCAGGAGGUAGCCCCUGCUCGGGGUCUUCGGCUGUGCGAGUUGUACAUGGCAGUGCGAAAUCCAUGACCAUGCCGACUCAGACUGUGUAUGCUUCCAAGGCUACUGAUUUACACCCCGAGAAAGCGGUGAGCCCAGAAGUGAAAGAUGGUACUACGCCUACUACUCUUGACCCCCGGCUAUUCAAAACAAACUCGAAUGGUCUCGUUUUCAAGAUCAAAAGCAUCUUUCGAAGUAGGCAAUCACUAGCUACGGAGAUUCAAAAGUCGCUGGGCGAUUCUGACUCCCACUUGAGGGCGUUCAUCAUCAGAGGCCACGAAAUGAGGCUCGUUCCCCACUCAACAUUUCAUAGUCUGGAAUCCACUCACAUGUGCACCAUCCUGACACAACUAAACGACAACACCUGGUACAAAACGUUUACGACGCUGAAUCAGGUGGACCAUCAGACCGUGGAGCGUCUCGUGCAUCCAUUUUUCAUGGGUAAAAUGUACGAGCGUGACAUUAUUGCCCUCAAGGUUCUUCAAGAGAAUAAGCCAAAUGCUUGGAUGUGGUUGCUAAGGGAUGUCUCUACGUUCCGCCCAGCAUCACAAGGCGCUUAUGACCGUGUGAUCUUAGCGAUUAUGCGUGAACAGUUAAUAGAUGGCAAACCUUUGCCGCCAAUAACGUUCAGUCCUCGAGGCUAUCCGCCGGCACCACCACCUCCUCCACCCGGCUUUGGUAGCCCACCUGGCGCUCCAAUGAUACGACCACCUCCUAAUCCGCCAAAUCACCACUUGGUAUCUAAAAUAUCUGAUCUGUCAAUGCCAAUACCACCACCACUAGCAAUGCCUCCCAGCAUGCCAGGUCCCCAAUGCAGAAGGGGACCACCAGGUCCUCCGGGUUUCGGCCCAAGAAGUACCAGUGAUAAGAGACCGCUGACCGAUCAUGCUGCCACGAUGGCAUUGAUAAAUUACUCCGAGUUCAUUCUUCGUCCAGCGGAUCCUUUAAAUCCAAGCUCACCACGCACAUGGGCACGAGUAGCUAUCACUCCAGAGAGCGCUGAGCACGACGUCCUGCACCAGCGCAUCAAAGCUUUUCAACAAAAAGGCGGCAACAUCAUCGAAAAGAAACUCCGGAUGAACGACGAUCAGAACAGGCAAUUAACUCGCCUCAUGGACGAGCUUCAAGCUUUGGAGCGAGACUCGGCGCGCUUUGAAUGGUGCUGGGCUGAGAUCAGCUUGUACAAUGAUGCUGGCGAAAUCCUGCUCAUGUCUCAAGCCAACUCCGCUACAGCGACAACAAUUCAUCUCAUUGCUAAGCGAAUGCCAAAAUUAUCUUGCAAGCCGUUGGAUGUCUAUAACUCUCUCAUGGAGCCUCUUCCUCCACUUCCAAGACCCCAGCCACCUCCUCCAGUCCUCGUCAUGAGACCCCCAAGCCCACAACGGAAGAAGAUUAAAAAUCAUCGGAGCCCAUAUAUCAGUGAUAGUAGCGGCUCUGAUAGCGACUAUGUUCUCCCAAUUCUGGCAGCGAGCGAGGAUUCAGACUGA